UCCACGGAGAAUGCCGACCCACUUUCUUCCCUUCAUCGAACUAGGAACCUUCGGACAGCAAAGAUAAUUCCCCCCCUCAACUCUCUCUAUCUCAAUCUCAACCCCGAUCCCUGCAUAUAUCUUCAUAAAAAAUCGAGAUCUACGACCAAAGAAAUGGCGAAUGAAUUGGAUUCUCUCAUCUAGAUCCGAGCGUAUAACGAAGCCCUAGAAGAAUUCUAAUGGCGGGCGCCGUGUCGGCGCUGUUCCUCCUCGAUAUCAAGGGGAGGGUCCUUGUUUGGAGAGAUUAUCGCGGCGAUGUCUCCGCUGUCCAGGCCGAGAAAUUCUUCACGAAACUCAUCGAGAGGGAAGGUGAUCCAGAGUCCCAUGAUCCAGUGAUGUGUAAUGAUGGAGUGAGCUACAUGUUCAUACAGCAUAACAAUGUUUUCUUGAUGACUGCUUCGAGGCAAAAUUGCAAUGCUGCCAGUAUUCUUCUUUUUCUACAUCGUGUUGUUGAUGUUUUCAAACAUUAUUUUGAAGAACUAGAGGAGGAGUCACUAAGAGAUAAUUUUGUUGUUGUGUAUGAGUUACUUGACGAGAUGAUGGACUUUGGGUAUCCCCAAUACACGGAAGCUAAGAUUCUUAGUGAGUUUAUCAAAACAGAUGCAUACAGAAUGGAAGUUACACAAAGACCUCCUAUGGCUGUAACAAAUGCAGUGUCAUGGCGCAGCGAAGGGAUACGAUACAAGAAAAAUGAAGUUUUCUUGGAUGUAGUAGAGAGUGUUAAUAUUCUUGUUAACAGCAAUGGCCAAAUUAUCCGUUCAGAUGUUGUUGGAGCAUUAAAAAUGAGAACAUAUUUGAGUGGAAUGCCAGAGUGUAAGCUUGGCCUGAAUGAUAGAGUGCUUUUGGAGGCUCAAGGUCGGACCACAAAGGGGAAAGCCAUAGAUCUGGAUGACAUCAAAUUCCACCAGUGUGUGCGCUUGGCCCGAUUUGAGAAUGACAGGACUAUAUCCUUCAUACCACCUGAUGGGUCUUUUGAUCUGAUGACAUAUCGACUCAGUACUCAGGUAAAACCUUUAAUAUGGGUGGAAACUCAAGUUGAGAGGCAUUCAAGAAGCCGCAUAGAGCUCAUGGUAAAGGCGAAGAGCCAAUUUAAGGAAAGAAGUACUGCUACGAGUGUGGAAAUUGAAGUGCCAGUGCCUCAAGAUUCUACCAACCCUAAUGUACGGACUUCUAUGGGUUCCGCUGCAUAUGCGCCAGAAAAAGACGCCCUGGUCUGGAAAAUAAGAUCCUUCCCUGGUGGCAAGGAGUAUAUGUUGAGGGCAGAAUUAAGCCUCCCCAGCAUAACUUCUGAAGAAGCUACACCAGAGAAGAAGGCUCCCGUCCGUGUAAAGUUUGAGAUACCGUAUUUUACUGUAUCUGGAAUUCAGGUUCGGUACCUGAAGAUUAUUGAGAAGAGUGGAUAUCAAGCUCUCCCAUGGGUGAGAUACAUAACAAUGGCAGGCGAGUAUGAACUGAGAGUUAUGUGAAGCAUUUUUCGCGUGAAGAUGUUUGUUUAUAUAAAAGCCAACACAAGCUUACAUUUGCAUAAGAGCUUUUGAAUGUGGGUCUGAACUUAGUACGAACACCAGCGAUUAUUAUUUCCAUCGGAGGGCAGAAGUUUCACUUUUUCUGCUACCAGUUAAUGUUAUCCGACAUAUGUAAUAGCGAACAAGCAGCGAAGAACAUACAAGCAUACAUUUUUUUGGGUCAUGGUGGUCUGGUUAAUGCCCUUGUUUUGUUUUUUCCCCCUCCCUUGUAUCAUGAGUGGGUUGUAUUUUUGUAACUCCUAGUUUGUUCAGAUGAGAUUUGAUUAUAGCUUGCAUUUGUGAUCA